GCCCUCCAGGCCCAGGUCCUCGUUGAGGUGGACGAUUGGGCCAUCGCGUUCAGAGAAGGGGGCGGAGAUAACUAUCUGAAGCCGUUCCAAGCGAGGUUUACGUUUGGAAGAAUGAAGAAGCUCGAUGCCGCCGGUGUGGAGUACAUAGGCAGAAGGCUGCGUUUGGACGGAGACAGGGUCCUGGUGGACCAGGAAAAAUACAUUCUAGAACAGCUUCAGAAGAUUCCCCUAGCUCGAGGUCGGAGGGGGAAUCACGAGGACUCCCUUGUCGGCGGCGAGGUGGCCGCCUUCCGGUCGCUCGUGUAUAAGCUGCAGUGGGUGGGCAGGGAGACCCGCGCCGAGGCCGCGGGCACGGCCUCGAUUCUCGCCGCAAAGGUCAACGGGCCUUCGGUCAAGGAUCUGCUGGAUGCUAACAAAAUGGUGGACCACUUAAGGUUUCUGCCGGACGGUUUUGUGCUGGCCACG